GGAGCAUGGGUCCAUGGUUGUUACUGAUUACCAGUUGAAGAAGAGAGACAAAGAUAAGUAGAAAGAAGUUAGAGCUAGAAAACAGUUCUGAAAUAGGUAGGUUUGAAUGAAGAGAUGUUCUUCUUUCUCAGAGAGACUCAAAGGUCUCUCACUGAAAACACUGAAAAAGGGGCUGUAAAACAGACUCCAAAGAGUCAUUGUAAGAAACUUUUAAAAACAAAGACCCGGGGUCGAUCUGCAGAGGAAGCCGGUGAAAGUUCUGCAGAGCAAAUUGAUGCACCUUCUGUGAAUGAACAGAGGAUACCUAUUCCUGAAACACUUGUGCUUCGGUCCUUCAGAGAACGUCUAAAACACAGCACUUGCUUAAAGGACAGAGAACUGAGACCGGAAGAAAUAGAAGAACUGAGAGAAGCGUUUAAGGAGUUUGACAGAGACAAAGAUGGUUUCAUUGGAUACAAAGAGCUCGGUGAAUGCAUGAGGACCAUGGGCUAUAUGCCAACCGAGAUGGAGCUGAUCGAACUAUCGCAAAAAAUCACAGGGGGUAAAGUUGACUUCGAGGACUUUGUGGAACUGAUGGGGCCCAAACUUCUGGCAGAGACAGCUGACAUGAUAGGAGUAAAGGAGUUGAGAGAUGCUUUCCGAGAGUUUGAUGCAAAUGGCGAUGGCCGGAUCAGCACAAUGGAACUCCGAGAGGCCAUGAGAAAGCUCUUGGGACAGCAGUUGACACCCCGUGAAGUAGACGAAAUAUUGAGGGACGUGGAUGUUAAUGGUGAUGGUCUUGUGGACUUUGAAGAGUUUGUACGGAUGAUGUCUCGCUAAAGGAGUUCAUUUUACACAUUUGAAGCAAAAAUGAUCCUCCAUGAACAUCAAAUUAUCUUUAUUAACAAAAUACCCACUUCUGCUAACGCUCCAGUGUUCAAUAAAAGCAAUACAAUAUGUAGAUAAA